CUUUCUUAUAGCUUUCUAGCAGUAGUGGCAAGUAUUCCAGUUUUCCCACCCUCCUCAACUCAGUACUCAGUAGUCAGUCCCCUCCCCACUCUUCUUCUACGCUUCCCCUAGCUAGCCAGCGCAAACUGAAAAUGCGUUUUGUUCUCCUCCUCUUUCUCCUACUCCAUCUCCAUUCUUGCUUUGCUGCAAGAACACCCCGAAUGCCGGAGUACAAGGCAUUACUCUCCAUAAAAUCUGCCAUCACCGCCGACCCGCAAUCUUCUUUGGCUUCCUGGAAUGACUCCACUACUCAUUGCUCCUGGUCUGGCGUCACCUGCGACUCCUAUGGCCGUCACGUGACUGCUCUUGACAUUUCCGGACUUAAUCUCACUGGCACCCUUUCCCCUGACGUUUCCCAUCUCCGCCUUCUCCUCAACCUCUCCGUCGCCGCCAACCAGUUCUGUGGUCCUGUCCCUCCUGAAAUCUCCUCCAUCUCCACUCUCCGCUACCUUAACCUCUCCAACAAUAUCUUUAACCUCACCUUCCCCCGGCAGCUCAUUCGCCUCAAAAAUCUUGAGGUGCUUGAUUUCUACAAUAAUAACAUGUCCGGCCCUUUGCCUGUGGACGUUUACCAGCUAACCAACCUCAGGCAUCUCCACUUGGGCGGCAACUUCUUCUCGGGCAGCAUUCCCGCCGAGUAUGGUUCUUUUCCUAAUCUCGAAUACCUCGCCGUUUCCGGCAACGAGCUCGCCGGUAGGAUCCCCCCGGAGAUAGCAAACUUGACCAAGCUUCAACACCUUUACAUUGGCUACUUCAACACUUUCUCCGGCGGGAUCCCACCCCAAAUUGGCAACUUAUCGCAGCUUCUGCGUUUUGAUGCCGCCAACUGUGGCCUCUCCGGCGAGGUUCCCCCGGAGCUUGGGAUGCUGCAGAACUUGGAUACCCUCUUUCUUCAAGUGAAUGCGCUUUCUGGGCCGUUGACGUCGGAGCUGGGAUACUUGAAAACCUUGAAAUCUAUGGAUCUGUCCAACAACAUGUUCACCGGCGAAAUACCUUCCUCGUUUGCGCAGCUGAAAAAUCUCACUCUCUUGAAUCUUUUCCGAAACCAGCUUCACGGGUCGAUACCGGACUUCAUUGGAGACUUGCCGGAGCUGGAGGUGUUGCAGUUAUGGGAUAACAAUUUCACUGGAAGCAUCCCACAAGGGCUGGGGACUAAUGGGAAGCUUCAAAAUCUGGACCUCAGUUCGAACAAAUUGACUGGAAAUUUGCCCCCGAAUAUUUGUACCGGAAACAAGUUACAGACAUUGAUUACUCUGGGAAACUUUCUCUUUGGGACGAUUCCUGAAUCCUUGGGCCAAUGCGAGUCGCUGAGUCGACUUCGGAUGGGUGAGAAUUAUCUCAAUGGGUCGAUCCCAAAAGGGCUUUUGAGUUUGCCACAGCUUUCUCAAGUUGAGCUUCAGGAUAAUCUUUUAACAGGCUCAUUUCCGGAGACGGAUAAAACAUCGACCACUCUCGGCCAGAUUAGCCUUUCAAACAAUCGUUUAUCUGGGCCGCUGCCCCCGAGUAUUGGGAAUUUCGUGGGUGUACAAAAGUUUUUGCUUGAUGGGAACAAGUUUACUGGCCCCAUUCCGGCUGAAAUAGGAAAGUUGCAGCAACUAUCAAAAAUUGAUUUCAGCCACAAUAGCUUUUCAGGCCCCAUUGCCCCUGAAAUCAGCGAAUGCAAGCUCUUGACUUUUGUCGACCUCAGUAGGAACCAGCUUGCUGGUGAAAUCCCAACUGAGAUCACAGGUAUGAGAAUAUUGAACUAUUUGAAUUUGUCAAGAAAUCAUUUAGUUGGAAGCAUUCCGUCUCCAAUAGCAUCCAUGCAGAGCUUAACUUCUGUUGACUUUUCGUACAACAAUUUGUCCGGGAUGGUUCCUGGGACGGGUCAAUUUAGUUAUUUCAAUUAUACUUCGUUUUUGGGCAACCCUGAUCUUUGUGGCCCUUACUUGGGACCCUGCAAAGAAGGGAUUGUUAAUGGAAGUACUAAACCUCAUGAGAGAGGAGCAUUUUCGCCCUCUAUGAAGCUUUUGCUUGUGAUUGGCUUGCUUGUUUGCUCGAUCGUGUUCGCAGUUGCUGCAAUUAUCAAAGCACGUUCGCUAAAGAAGGCGAGCGAGGCCCGUGCUUGGAAGCUUACGGCUUUCCAACGCCUGGAUUUUACUUGUGAUGAUGUUUUGGAUUCCUUGAAGGAGGAUAAUAUCAUUGGGAAAGGAGGUGCCGGGAUUGUGUACAAAGGGGCAAUGCCUAAUGGAGAACAUGUUGCUGUGAAGAGGUUGCCCGCGAUGAGCCGAGGCUCAUCCCAUGAUCAUGGGUUCAAUGCUGAAAUUCAGACUCUUGGGAGGAUUAGGCACAGGCACAUUGUUAGAUUGUUGGGAUUCUGUUCUAAUCAUGAGACUAAUCUUUUGGUUUAUGAGUAUAUGCCUAAUGGGAGUUUGGGAGAAAUGCUUCAUGGCAAGAAAGGGGGUCAUUUGCAUUGGGAUACACGGUAUAAAAUUGCCGUGGAGGCUGCUAAGGGCCUUUGCUAUCUUCAUCACGAUUGCUCGCCUUUGAUUGUCCAUCGUGAUGUGAAAUCCAAUAACAUCCUUUUGGAUUCUAACUUUGAGGCUCAUGUGGCUGAUUUUGGACUUGCCAAGUUCUUGCAAGAUUCAGGAACAUCUGAAUGCAUGUCUGCUAUUGCUGGUUCCUAUGGUUACAUUGCACCAGAAUAUGCCUACACACUCAAAGUUGAUGAGAAAAGCGAUGUAUACAGCUUUGGUGUAGUUCUCUUAGAAUUAGUGAGUGGGAGAAAGCCAGUAGGGGAAUUUGGUGAUGGGGUUGACAUAGUACAAUGGGUGAGGAAGAUGACCGAUGGGAACAAGGAAGGAGUACUCAAGAUCCUUGAUCCAAGACUCCCUACAGUUCCCCUUCAUGAGGUGAUGCAUGUAUUUUAUGUGGCGAUGCUCUGUGUUGAAGAACAGGCAGUGGAGCGGCCCACAAUGAGGGAGGUUGUGCAAAUACUGACUGAGCUACCAAAGCCAGCCAACGGCAAACAGGGAGACUCAACAGACACGGAAUCUCCCCCACCGGCGUCCACAGUGGAGUCUCCAAGCACAACUCCUGUGGACUCCAAAGACCAUCAGCAACCACCACCACCUCAGUCCCCUCCACCUGAUCUCCUUAGCAUUUAAGCAGAGCUCUCUACUGAAUGGUUUUUUUCCUUUUUUUUUGGGGGGGGAAGAGAGGGGGUUGGACGGGCUUGGUUGGAUUGUUUAGUUUAUUGUAGGAUUUAGCUUUUUCCAUAUUUAAUCUUAAGUUUCCCGGAAUGGGGUUGGCCUAGCUUUUUCUUUUUGUGAUCAUUUGCUUUGUUCCUUUUAAGUUGGGGAGGAAAGAGGAGGGUAAAAAGGGCCUGGGUUGACUCUGUAACCUUGAAGGUAAAUGGGAGCUAUCGGUAAGUUUGAAAGUGCUUUUUUUUUUCUUUUUUCUUUUUUCCGUGUACAGUGGGAGUUGUUGGCAAAAAAUUAUCUUGAACAUGUGAUGUAGCUUCCUACUGCUCAUCUUUCUUUA